CGACUGACAAGGACGAGAAGAAGGUGCCCGACCCCAGCUUCGUGGACGAGAUUGAGAACGUGACGGCGCCGGCUGGAAGGAACAUCCGCAUGUCGUGCACCGUCAAGGACCUGGGCGCUUACCGGGUAGCGUGGAUGCACUUCGAGCAGUCGGCCAUCCUCACGGUGCACACGCACGUCAUCACGCGCAACCCGCGCAUCAGCGUGUCGCACGACAACCUGCGCACGUGGUUCCUGCACAUCCGGGACGUGCAGAAGGAGGACCGCGGCCGCUACAUGUGCCAGAUCAACACGGCCAACGCCAAGACCCAGAUCGGCUACCUGCACGUCGUGGUCCCACCCAGCAUUUCGGACACGCAGAGCUCCUCGGACGUGAUCGUCCGGGAGAACGCCAACGUGUCCCUGUCGUGCGCCGCGUCCGGCUCCCCGGACCCCGUGGUCAAGUGGAAGCGCGCCGACAACAGCACCAUCAACAUCAACAAGACCUUAGCAGUGACCGAGUGGGAGGGCACCCGGCUGGAGCUGACCCGCAUCAGCCGCGUGGACAUGGGCGACUACCAGUGCAUCGCCUCCAACGGCGUGCCGCCCACCAUGAGCAAGAGGAUCCGAGUCAGCGUGGACUUCCCGCCCAUGCUGCAGAUCCCGCACCAGCUGGUGGGCGCGCCGCUGGGCUCCAGCGUGACGCUCGAGUGCUCCACGGAGGCGCACCCCAUCAGCCUCAACUACUGGACGCGCGAGAAGGAGAUGAUCCACGAGAGCCACAAGUACCACGCUGACACCCAGCGCGCCGACGUGCCCUACAAGAGCCACAUGACGCUGGAGAUUCGCAACGUGGCGCAGGCAAGGGCACACCCUACUUCCGUGGGUUCAAACCACAGAAAACUCGAUGAAUGA